AUGUUGCGAAGCUAUCUCGCCAGCGAUCGUCACCGCAUCCUAGUGCUAGAGAUUUCAGCGUCUGAGAGCGGCAUGCGCUCCGGUCCACUCAUUGUGUCGGCCGCAGAGUGGGACGCCCCUGCUGCCGAUGCGACCAAACAAGACGGCCCUGCAGACGGACUGCAUGAGAGUGCCGACGGCAAAGGUCCCGAUUCGCAAGUGGCGGCCUUUGCCAAGAUCCCAGAUAAGCUUGCAGCUCUUGCUCGGGCCAGUUUCGUGGGGAAACAAAAGUGCUUUGCCGGCCGCGGCCCGUUCCUCCAUCUUGACAUCCUGGCUACGGCACCAGAGUAUCAGGGGCGGGGUUACGCCAAGGUCCUCACUUUGUGGGGGAAGGACCUCGCCAGAAAGACACACAGGCCCUUGUUUGUUCAGGCUGCUUCGCGGGCUUACAUAUUGUUCUCCGGCCUCGGCUUCGUCGAUAUUGGGCCGGUAUCUCUUCCGGCCAACCAGGCGGACGAGGAGACGGCCUUUCUCAAGGCCUUGAUAUUUGAUCCCGGGAAUACUCGGCUACGAGAUUCGAUGCUGUCUGCAAUAUCGCGGUUCUUGUCCCGUUUUACCUCUGACGUGAUAUUCCCAUCUCGCGCGAGCCGGGGCUUAAGGCCGCGGUCCAAUGACGAACGCCGCUUCUUACCAAGAUUUAUUUAG